AUCGUUCGUCCAUCGAUCGAUGGAUGGAUACCCCUUUUCAGCUAGCUUUGCGCGAGUGCUCCUCUCUCUCCCCCACCACCACUCAUCCAUCUAAGCCUUUCGCGGUUUCGCCUUUCCAUGAGUGACCCCGUCCGGUUUCCCUGUGUUCCUUAGCGUGCGCUCUGUGUUGCAGCUUGCAAGUAAAGAUCGAUCAAUCAAUCGUGUUCUGCUCUCUUCUGUCUCUCCGUCCGCCCGUGCGCGCGCGCGUGCGUGUAUAUAAACCACCAAGCUUGCGAUCGAUGUAUCUCGAGCUCGGCAAGAAGCCAAAGCUUAGCUAUUCGAGGCAAAGAGAGAGCGAGUGAGAAGGUAGCUAAGGUAUGUGGGGCGUGCUGUCUCUGUUCCGGCGGCGAAGGCGGACGGCGCGGGUGGUGGACGAGAGCGCGCUAGUCGGGGGGCACGCCGGCGCGGGCGACGACGACGACGCGCGCGGGCGCGGCGUGGCGGCGGCGGGCGGGGCAGGCGCUCUGAUGGCGAGGGCGCUGCUCGCCAUGUCGUGCGUGGUGCGGCGCCUCGACGGCGAGGACGUGGGAGGAGGAGGAGGUGUGGAGGAGGCGUGGGCGACGAGCGGGUGGCGGCCGCCGCGCGCCGACGAGGCCGGGCGCCACCUCGUGGUGCGAGAGAGCAUGCGCUACGCCAUCUACGGGUAGGCGCUGCGUGCGUACGUACGCACGUACGCCGCGUACGCGCGUGCAACGAUUCGCGUGGUACGUGCAAAUACAGGCCAUGGUGGGUGUGCGGUGUUACCCAUUGUUUACGGUUUUUGUGAACUUGUGAUGUGUGGUUUGAUCGACAAUUCGACAUGGUUGGUGUUGGUACUUACCUACCAUGUAUACUAUGGAGAGAGAGUUGCUGAAGUGUAUAGAGUGGGGUAGUAAUCUGUACAUGCCUAGGAUGUUGUUGCUACUCUUCUGAAUCCUGAUUGGUACUUCCUCACAAACUUCUCCUUGCCAUCCGUUUCAAAGGGGGGAAAAAUAUAGAGACUAUCUGUUGAUCUUUUGAUGGAUUGGAGUUUUAAA